UAUUAGACAGAUGAACAACGAUGAUAUGACGUAUUAAACAGAUGAACAACGAUGAUAUGACGUAUUAAACAGAUGAACAACGAUGAUAUGACGUAUUAAACAGAUGAACAACGAUGAUAUGACGUACUAAAUAGAUGAACAACGAUGAUAUGACGUACUAAAUAGAUGAACAACGAUGAUAUGACGUACUAAAUAGAUGAACAACGAUGAUAUGACGUACUAAACAGAUGAACAACGAUGAUAUGACGUACUAAACAGAUGAACAACGAUGAUAUGACGUACUAAAUAGAUGAACAACGAUGAUAUGACGUAUUAAACAGAUGAACAACGAUGAUAUGACGUACUAAAUAGAUGAACAAUCAUGAUAUGACGUAUUAAAUAGAUGAACAUUGAUGAUAUUUGACGUAUUCAAACAGAUAAACAACGAUGAUACUUGAUUUCUCUGAUAUACUUUAUCUUGCUAUUUCGAAUGCUACUGCGAAUGUUGAAACAGCAGAGUUAAAGAGCUCGAGAAAAGUUGAUAAAAAAAUUGUUUCAAGUCUCGUGCAAACAUCCAGUACGUUUCAUCCUUGCACAAGGUAUGGAGCAAUUAACCCGAGGGUGUUACGACUGGCUAACUCGCCAUUCUCACGAGCUAAUGGAGACUCAUUCUUCCAGCUGCUUCUCAUACAACUCAUUAUGGACAGGGGAAGUAAUUUCUCUAGCUCUUGGAAAACAAAAACAACUUAGGUUCUAGUAAGUAGUUAAGUUCUUUUUUUUUUAAGAUUGAAAAACUGUAUCUAUUAAAAAUACACAGCUAGGGACGUAUAAUAACUUCAUGAAACAGUUGUACACUUGUAAGGUGAAGACACUUUUUAGAUCUACAAAUAUUUAGUUCCUAUUAUUGCAAGACUUGAAGCUGUGUUGAUUAGGUCAGUUACUAUGUUGAUUAGGUCAGUGUACUUUUAGAUCACUGGUUCACUGGAGUAAUGUUCCAUUAAGUGCUGUGCCAACAGGCCGAGGAAGUCUGCUUAUGUGAACGUCAGAUUAUCUCCCUCUUGUGCUAUUGGGAUUAACAAAGUGGCUUUACAUGCCGUGUAUUUGCUUUAGUCAUCAUGUAGAGCAAGUCUUCGACUGAGUUCUAGUUGUGUACACAUCUUUGUGAGUAGCUUUCUUGACAAGGGGAUUUAUGUUGGAAUAUUAAACUAUUUACAAGAACUUUAGUAAGAGUGUAUUUAUUGGUUCUAAUCAACACAGACUCAUCUUCAGAAGAACGUCGUCUACAGUCUGCAUCCAAUGCUCUGAGUGAAAUGACCUAAAUACGGGGCUAUCCGAUGGAGAUAAAACCAAGGCAUUCAAGGAUAUUUCACUGUUCAAUAUAUCAACUCCUUUGAGUCUACUAUUGGAUUUCUUAUGUAGCAGUCCAAUGGAUCCAGAAGUAGUUUCGCUCAUAUUUCUUCUCUUGCUCUUACUUCUACCCUGUCGCCAUGGUCAAACAAGUAAGUCAGAGACUUGUGAAUAUGAUCUGGAUCUAACAAGGAAUACAAUCAAAAUAACAUGUAUCGGUUCACCGUCAUUGGUCAACAUCUAUGCAGAUAAAGCUGUAGUCCAGAGCGAGGAAUUAAGCUCAACAAAUCCCGAAACAGUUGUGGAACAUCCUGUUCUGGGGGAACUAUAUCAACCUCGACCUGGCCACAACACAAGUUCAGGUCAUGAAGAGAACUACAAAACUGAAAAGCCAAAUGUACCAUCCAAACCAAGUUCUAGAGACCAGAGACCACUGCCCACAGUACACUGGGAUCGACGGGCGCAUUCCAAAGUAACAGAAAGUUUUUGGGAUGUUAUAACAAACGCCUCUAACAAACUGGAGAGUGCCAAAAGAAGUUUUUCCGUGUACGCUGAAUCAAUUCGUAACAUAUCGGGCCAGCUGGCAGAGGGUGAUUUUAACUUAAGACAGGAUAUGGACAAUUUGAGAAGGACAAGUAAUUCAGCUACUGAUCUAAAGGAAGGCAUUAUUGCUGCAAUGAGUAACCAAUAUAACUACAUGAGGAGCGCCCUCUUGUCACGAAACUUUGAGCUGGAGAGACUGGUGACGUCAUUAUUAUUGUUAGUAGAUGCUACCUCCGACGGUUUGAGCAGUGCUCUCAAGGCACACAACUCCUCACUCAAACAGAUCUCUGAUGUCAGCACGACACUCACGGCUGUACGCAAGCAAGUCAUCUCGCAAUUAAAAAGACGUGCCAAGAACAUCUCGGAACAAAAAAAGGGGAGGCAAGCAAAGAUAAAAGCUGAGUGUCCGAAAGUAAUUUCUGCUAUAGGCACAGGAUCCCAUUGGCUCUGGAACUCCUCUACGGGAUCCUAUGUGGUGGAGUCUUACAAUCCAUCAGAGUUUCGUCCUGCAUACAUAAUGAGUGGAUCAGGGCCAUCGGAUAUACUCAUGGAAUUCGAUCUAAGAGAAGAUGUUAAUUAUGGAAUAGUCAGCAGAUAUUUUGCUCUACCUUUUACGUGUAUUGGAACUGGCCAUGCAGUCUUCAGACGUCACUUCUAUUGUCACAAGCUGGGGACUAAUAUAAUAGUGAAAUAUCACUUAAAACGAAUGGACAUUAUAUCUGAACUGGUGCUGCCUGGAGCAACAUAUGGCAAUGUCUUCCCAUACACGUCCGGAGAGAACAGUGACAUUGACUUGGCUGUGGAUGAAUAUGGUCUGUGGGUUAUCUAUGCCACCAAUGUAUCCGCUGGUAAAAUGGUGAUAUCUAAGAUAGAUCAUAAAAAGAUGGAACUAGAGAAGACCUGGAUAACUAGCUAUACCAAGGCUCAUGUUGGUAACGCCUUUAUGUUAUGUGGAACUCUUUAUGCCACCAACUCCCACAGAGACACACCUACCUUUAUUAAAUAUACAUUCAACACAGACACAAACGCGGAGAAAAUUCUGGACAGAGGGGAGAUAACCUUUCCCAAUUUUGCUCCCUUGGGGCCAGUUGUCUAUGGAGAACAACCAAGAGUCAAUAAAUCUGCUAAUAGUGUUAUGCUGACCUAUGACUUUCGUACAUCGGAGUUACAUUCUUGGAGUAAUGGAAGAAUUGAACGGUUUCCUAUCUAUUUUUUAGAACAAUAAAUGAAACCUGUGAACAUCAGGUUUUAGUUAUGAUUCUAUGUUGAAGGCUUCAUAAAAGUUUGCAAUGAUUCCAAGCAACUCCUAAAUUGUAUAUUCUUAGCGAAACUAGUCUUAAUGACCAGUUACUGCCACUACAGGUCAGAAGACUCAUCAUUUUAGAUGAACGAUAUUACAGCACUAUGUAACAAGUAGAUCAAUAUGAACUUGAUGUAAGAAAUAUAACAAUAUGAACUUGAUGUAAGAAAUAUGUCAAUAUGAACUUGAUGUAAGAAAUAUGUCAAUAUGAACUUGAUGUAACAAAUAUGUCAAUAUGAACUUGAUGUAAGAAAUAUGUCAAUAUGAACUUGAUGUAAGAAAUAUGUCAAUAUGAACUUGAUGUAACAAAUAUGUCAAUAUGAACUUGAUGUAAGAAAUAUAUCAAUAUGAACUUGAUGUAAGAAAUAUGUCAAUAUGAACUCGAUGUAAGAAAUAUGUCAAUAUGAACUUGAUGUAAGAAAUAUAUCAAUAUGAACUCGAUGUAAGAAAUAUGUCAAUAUGAACUCGAUGUAAGAAAUAUGUCAAUAUGAACUUGAUGUAAGAAAUAUAUCAAUAUGAACUUGAUGUAAGAAAUAUGUCAAUAUGAACUCGAUGUAAGAAAUAUGUCAAUAUGAACUUGAUGUAAGAAAUAUAUCAAUAUGAACUUGAUGUAAGAAAUAUGUCAAUAUGAACUCGAUGUAAGAAAUAUGUCAAUAUGAACUUGAUGUAAGAAAUAUGUCAAUAUGAGCUUGAUGUAAGAAAUAUGUCAAUGUGAACUUGAUGUAAGAAAUAUGUCAAUGUGAACUUGAUGUUUAUACAUAGAAAUAGAUGUAGUCAAGAUUAUCUGCUGUCUAAUGAUAGUAUUGCAUUCUAAAAAAAACCAAUCAAUCAUUGUAGCAUUAGGACAGGAGGACACCAGUAGGACACCAGUUCAACACUUUAUUUAAUAAACGAUUUAGAGUAUAUACCUCCAAGACAUUAAACAAUCUAGAACAAAUAUCUUUAAGACAUUAAACAAUUUAGCACACCAGAAAAAAACAAUAUCAUUUUAUAUAAAAUGUAUAAAAUAAGAAAAACAUUCUAAAAUAUCGCUAUAUUGUGACAAUAUACACCAUUCCAAUAUAGCGACUGAUCUUUGGUGAUAGCAUGCAAAUUGUGUCCACACCAAAAUACAGUGCAUUCAGCCGAGAAGACAAACAAUCCGUGCUUUUGUUUCUUUAUUGUCUGAAAACAAUUCUUGACACAUUUCUGAUGUGACAUUUUUGUGGAAGAAUAUCUUGUACUCUUUGAAUGUCUUCACUUGGAGAUUCCAAGUGGAUGGAUGAAGCACAAGUUCAAAAAUAUAUGGUAUCAUUCUAUCGAUGAUUUAAAAUAUAAACUAGAAAACUAUUUGGAUUAGGAUUUACUAGCAAAGAUUAUUAUAGUUCGUGGUUACUCUUACAAUGAAUUAUGGACUCCGAUAGACCAAGAAUAGAAUGUAUACAAUGGAAUAGAAUUCAUUUGGAUGGACUAACAUUCAGUAUUCUCUUUUUUUUUCAUUCCAUUUGUUUAGUGACGCCCAAAAUGAAAACAAAAAGCUGUUACAGGUUUGUGUGUAGUUUGUCAAGCCUAACUCCCCCAAAACCUCAAAGGCACAUCCCAAUGUCAGCAUCGUUGAUCUCUUGCUCAAGUGUCACGUUUAAUUGUUUUUUGGCCUUCUAGAAGUGAACCAAAGACUCACAAGUUCUCACACCUUUGUAAAACCACGAUUUCAAGGCCCAUACAUAAUAAUGAACGAGAAGGGGGAGAGAGGUGAAGGAAAUACAAAACUAGGUCAAAAGAAGUGUCAUAAGAAUAAAACAUACAUACAAAUACAUGAAUGUCAAAGCUUGACAUCUCAAUAACUCAUGUAGGAAAGAUAUUUUGAAAAUAGGUCAACUUGUUACCCUGCCCCAAUCCCCCCCCCCCUCUUAUUAAUUAGUCUGGAUGAAUCAUGGAGUUCCAUUUGUAAUAGAUCUAGAGUCUAGACUAACACUAUUUAACCUGUGCCAUUAUAAAAAUGUGAAUCAAUUGUUUUUUAGCGGCCCCCGUAAGGGGAAAAAGCCGCUAUUAGGUUUGUGCAAAAUGUCCGUCUGUCCGUCUGUCCGUCUGUCCGUCUGUCACACUCAGAUCUCGAAAACUAGAAGAGAUAUGAAAAAUAUUAUUUCAUCAUUAAAUCCGGCUUGAAAAGUUUAGGUGCAACGGCUACUUUUGGUUUUCUAAAAGCAAACCGUUUAAUUUAUAAAAUUAAUUAUGCAAGCGAUUUUUUCAUAAAAAUACACCAAUUCUAAAACAAUUACGUAAAUGUAAGGGAGGCAAUGUUACAAUAUGCUAACAAAGAUAGACAAUUUUUGUGUAUUUUCAGUAUCACUAAGUCAAAUAUAUUUUUAAAAUGUACAGGAAACGUUUACAACAAAUACAAAUAAUAGUUAAAGAUGUUUUUUCUGGUCAACUAGCUGCUAAAAUUAAAAGAAAACAUUUCUGUUUGUUUAUAAAGGCUAAUAAUGCACUUUGUAUGUAAAUAUCACGCACAUUUUUUUAAAUGGACUUUUUAUGCAGCGAUUUUCGUGCAGUAGCGUAACGUCGCAACAUGAUCAGGUGCUAAACCAAUUCCUUAAACUUUUUUUAAAAAUCAGAUUUUAUUUAUUUUUUGUUUAGUGCCCCCAUCCGAAUAAAAGAAGCUUAUUUUUGUGCGUUUUGUCUGUUGGUCGGUCUGUCCGUCACGAUUAGAUUUAAAAAACUAGAACUCUAAAAGCUAUUGAAAAUCUGAUUUACCCUUUAAUGUUCCUCCCAUAACAUCUCAAUAGUUUUAAGUAUCUAAAAUUGAUUGUUCCGGAUUUUUUUGUGCAAAACUAAUCAACGCCAACAAAUGUUUGUUUGCUCUUCUAACUUAUAUUACAUUCAAUUUCCAUGCUUAAACGUUGCAAAAACACAUUAUCAAUAAUAUGUUGUUCCGUUUUUUAUGUAAAUAGCAUAUUAAUGCUAAAUCAUAAUCUCUAUACUGACUUAUAUUUCAUUAAGUGUAAAAAUGUUCCGGAUAUUGUUUUAUAAAACAUGAAUUAUGCCUAAUGAUUGUUUGAAAUCGCAUAAGGCUUUUAAAAAAAGUAAUUUACUAGAAUUGAUUACUGAAAAUUACUUUUUAGACAUUUAAUUUUCUUGUAAAACAUAACAUAGAAGUUUUGUAAUCGAUAAAGAAAGUUCCGGAUUUUGUUUCUUACAAAUCGUCGCCAGAAAUUUCCGAAUUUAUUUAAAAAUCUACUAACGCCAAAUAAUUGUUUGAACUCCCUCUUCUAAUUAAUAAACAAAUAAUGUUCUCAUUUACGAAAUAAUGUUUUUACGGAUUUUUAUGAAAAAUAUUUUAACUCACUACUCUCUUACAGUACAUUUAACUUUCUACCUAAAACAUUAAAAAAUCUAAUUAUCGUUAAUAUUAUGUUCCGAUUUUUAAGGAAAACAUAAUCCAAACACCAAAGUAAGGUAUGAAAAUCUCUCCACGUGGCUGUAGUACAUCUAAUUUUUAUACGAGACCAUCCAAAAAAUUUAAUUAACGGUAUUACAUUUAUCUGAAAUUCUCUUUUUCUUUUACUAUUUAUACAAACAUCCGGAACAAUCUAUUAUAUAAACUUUUCAAUUGUGUUCAUACCUAAAAAUUAUUGCGAUGUUUUGAAACGUAAAAUAAAGGUUAAUCAAUUUUUAAUAACUUUUAGUUGUUUUUUUUUAUAUCAAGAUGACGGACAGACCGACUGACAGACAAAACGCAAAAACAAUGUGGCUUUGAUCCUUUUUAAAUAAUAUCUAUUAGAACUCAGUGCACCAAUGUCUAUGAACCCUCGUUAAAUAUCUCGUGUAAAUAAAGACAUUUUUUUUUAUGGUACCGGUACUAGCCUAUUGUGAGGUAAUGGAAUUUUUUUUCUUUGACGUCAUAUGUAUGGACUCUUUAAAUGUAAUGUUAAAAGAACGCACUCGGUGCACCAAUGUCUAUUAACCCUCGAAAAAAUUGCUUGUAUUAAUGAAAACAUAUUUUAGUCUAACUAAGCCGUGUGACGUAGUGUUUUUUUUCCUUUGACGUCACAUGGAAUGAAUUCUUUAAAUGAAAUGCUAAAAGAACGCACUCGGUGCACCAAUGUCUAUGAACUUUCGAGAAAUGGCUCGUGUUGAUAAAGGUGAUUUUUAGUCUAGCUAGGCCUUGUGACGUAGUGUUUUUUUUUCUUUGACGUCAUAUGGAAUGAAUUCUUUAAAUGAAAUGCUAAAAGAACGCACUCGGUGCACCAAUGUCUAUGAACACUCGAGAAAUGGCUCGUGUUGAUAAAGGUGAUUUUUAGUCUAGCUAGGCCUUGUGACGUAGUGUUUUUUUUUCCUUUGACGUCAUAUGGAAUGAAUUCUUUAAAUGAAAUGCUAAAAGAACGCACUCGGUGCACCAAUGUCUAUGAACACUCGAUAAAAGGCUCGUAAUGAUGAAGGCGAUUUUUAUUCUAGCUAGGCCGUGUGACGUAGUGUUUUUUUUCCUUUGACGUCAUAUGGAAUGAAUUCUUUAAAUGAAAUGCUUAAAGAACGCACUCGGUGCACCAAAGUUUAUGAACACUCGAUAAAUGGCUCUUAUAGAUGAAGGCGAUUUUUAGUCUAGCUAGGCCUUGUGACGUAGUGUUUUUUUUUUCCUCUGACGUUAUAUGGAAUUAAUUCUUCAAAUGAAAUGAAAAAAGAACUCGAUAUAGUAAUGUUUAUUAAGCCUCGUUAUGUGACUCGCGUUUAAAAAAUGAAUGAUAUCUUGAUUUAGAUCUAAUCUAGAUUUUUUAAACUAGAUCUAGAUUUUUAUUACAGUAUAUCUAGAUCUGGAUUUAUAUUCUAAUUAAAAUUAUUUUAUAGUCUAGAUCUAGAAUUUCUAGAUCUAGUUUAGACUAAAAUAGACUAGAUUAAGAUGUAGAAUUUCAAUUUCUAAACAUAAAGUGUAAAAAAAAAGUGUAGAUUUUCAUUUCCAAACGUUUUGAUCAAUAUUGUAAUGUUUUAAUAUACUAAAACUAAUCUACUAUUUUUUUUAUUAAAUUUAAAUUUACGGCAAAUGAAUCUUUGAAACAUUAUUACUUUUGACCAUCGGAUGGCUGCCUGGUCGUGCGGUUUGCGCGCUGGACUGUCGUUCAGAUUUAUGGAUGGCCCAGGGUUCAAACCCUGCCCGCUCCCAUCCCCCGUCGUCCUGCGGGAGGUUUGGACUAGGAAGUAAUUAUCUUCAACUCUGAAGGAACAUCCGAAACGUGUAAAACAUUUUACAUCAAAAUUAAAUCACCUCUUGAAUAUUAUUUGCGAAUAUGCAGAUCCGACAGGGAUCCGACUUCGACGGGGGCCGCCUCUGAGUUUGUGUAACACAAACUCUCUUUGUAAUCUUGUUUUUUUUUUUGUUUGUUUAGCGCAAUCUCAUGCGUUCAGCUUUCUCAAUGCAUUAUGAUCCUAUCACUUGUCUGCACCAGUUGGAAAAGAGGGGGGGGGGCGAACAGUGAUUGUUACCGUGAUCGUUUUUUAAAGUUCAUUUAUACAUACAAAUGUUUUAUAAAGUUGUACGAUUUCAAUGUGAACUUUUGGGGUCAAACUGUGUCAGCGAAAUGCUAAUGGCAUAGAAGGCGUUAGAGUUAUCUAUUGUUAGUUUCAAACUUUGCAGCGGCGACCUAAUUCACUAGGCAAAUUAUAAAGGGGAUAUAAUUCAAUGUAUACCACCACAUCUUCAAGUAAAAUUUCUUUCCGUUGUUCGAUUCAAAACAAAAGAAUUAAUUACCAAUAGUUAAUUAACUAAAUAGUUAAUUUUUUAUUGAAUCUUAUUUUGUCUGUUACAAGAAAUAAUUGGGCGACAUUUCAACUUGAUCCAAGACUUUGGACCAGACAAACAAAACAGAGUGACUUGUUCCAAGCGUUAGGAAACUAGGAUGUGUUUUCUUACUUGCAUUCGCUACUUCUCUCAGAUUGUGAGGAACAUCUCUGCACAGACGUAGACACAUGUUCAAUACAAGAUUUCAUUCACAUUGACAAGAAUUGAUGUACAUGUAUAUGUAUUAAGUAAUAGAAUUGAUGUACAUGUAUGUAUAAAGUAGUAAAAUCGAUGUACACGUAUGUAUAAAGUAGUAGAAUUGAUGUAUAUGUAUGUAUAGUGUAAGAUGAGAGAAUAGUUGUUAUGAAUAAUGUUGUAAAAAUAAAACACUCAACCUCUCAUA